ACAGCCCGCUUACUGCAUGGAGGAACCACACAGCCGGGCGACCGCGGCAGGACAAGCCGAGGCUGCGGCCCACCGUGACUCUAUGGCCGAGGAAGACGCCCCGGCAAGCAUCCUGGAUGUGAGCUCGGAGUCAUUUGACCCGCUCCUGGCUCUGUAUUCCCCGCAAACCCGGCUGCCCUUCCCCGAUAUCCGCUGCUUUAAUAACUUGGCGCAGUAUGAGAGCUUCCUGCGCGGGGGAGGCCGUGGAAGCGCCCGGGCGACUGAGCGGCCCAAGAAGGGACGGAAGGGUAGACUGGCAACGGACCCGGAGCGCAUAGAGAGGCUGAAGAAGUUGAUGUUACCGGCGGAGGAAGGCGCACCGGUCAGAGUGCGGAAGAAGAAGGCCGUCAAAAAUGUGCUGACCCGCAUGGCCGCGCAGGCAAGAAGCCCGCUGGGGGAGCUCAAUCGCUGCGUCCAGGAGCGGAUCCGAAUUAGAGUCCACAUACGCACGUUCAAGGGCCUGCGCGGCGUGUGCUCCGGGUUCGUCGUCGCCUUCGACAAGUUCUGGAACAUGGCGAUGAUCGAUGUGGAUGAAACCUACAGAAAGCCCAUCCUGGGAAAGGCCUUUUACCACGAGCCGCGGCUGACCCUGAAUCGGUUGUUUGAAAGACUGAAGCUCCAAGAAUCUGGUUUAGAAGGUUCAGCGGAAUCACAAGGCGCCACGGCAACAAAACAGACCCUCGUGCAGUCCGACCGCCCUCCGUCUCCCAGCUCACGAUUAAAAAAGGAGCCUGGGGACCGUACCGGCGGGACAAGGGAAGGGGCUAAAAAGGAACAGGCUGGUGAGGAAGGUCAACAGCGGAGUAAAUGCCCGAAAGAUAAGGUGGACUAUCACCAGGUGUUCACACGGCACAUGAAGCAAGUCUUCAUUCGAGGGGAGAACGUCUUACUGGUACACAUUGGUGAGUGACUGCUAUCGAAGCUGAACAUUGUAAUGGAACGAAUCCAGUUCAGACCGCACCUGGAUCCAUGGAUCGCAGAUGAAGCGUCGCAUUCGGAAGC